AUGAUACAGGGCAUCUUCUACGCCCGCUUCUUCCCCAAGGAAGGGACCAAGAUUGUAGCGCAAAGCCCGCCGGGCUGCAUCGUUCCUGUCGCGGGGACGGGGACCAGCACGAGUCUCACGACCAAGCCGCCACUGUUCGACUUCAGCGUGCUGCAAGAGUACAUCAUCCCGCGCCACGCCUUCUGCAACCGCUACAUCACCGUCGCCGACCCUGAGGGCAAGUACUUUGUUCUGGGCUUCCCCGUGCUCAUCCCCAGCCCGCAGUACGAACGCAACGAGUUCAUCUUCAACUUUGGCCUUGUCGUGGACCAAGAUGUCGACCAAAUCCCCUACGAACAGGUCGUACGCAGGCUUGCUGUGACGUUUGCCGAAAUGGAGAAGCAAAACUGCUACCUCAGUCAGGAUCCAGACGAAAACCAGGCCCGGCGACCGAUUGAGUCCCUGUUGGAGAUUAUCAAGGAGGACCUGAACAACUACGGCGAGUGCAUGAUCCCAGUUGACGACGCCAACACAAUCAACAUGAAACUCUUCCCAUACCACCCGACACCCCCCGAAGUCAAAGGCUGGCACGUGCCCGUGGCCAAGAUGAAGUUCGCCGACGUGGUCGACCCGACCUGGGAUUUGACGCUGCAGCGCGUCGUGGCGCACAUUGACGGCGUGUCGGACGUGCGCCGCAUCGCCUGGCUCGCCGACGUCUCGCUCGACCUCGCCUGCCUCGCCCUGCGCCACCUGCUCUACUACGACACCAUCCUCCUGCUCGACAUGUUCUUUUUCGGCGCCUGCUACGCGCCCCGACCCGGGAUACACGACUUUAUUGCUAAUGUUGGCGGCAUGGUCGACGAGUGCGCAAACUACGUCUGCGUCGGUGCCGUCGCAACUUUUGGUGACCAACAGAGCGGAGGGGGAACAGGGGGUGAGGAUGGGAGAGGAGGAGAAGGAGGGAUAGCUGUGGGCGGUAGCGGUGGCGGCGGCGAUGUUGACCUUGAGACAGGCAGCGGAAGGGGUAGUAGUAGUCGGGACGGUGGUGGCAGCGGCGGCGGCGACGGCGGCGGCGUGAGCGGACACCGGGUGUCCAACUACAUGCUCAUCAAGCUCAUGACGACGUUUUGCGUGGGCAAGACCGUCAUGGAAUGGCUCAAGGGCCACAUGGACGCCGGGUUCGACGUGCUUCGCUUCGUCGACGUGCGCCGGCUGGUGCAGUUUGGCGUCAUCAAGGGCUGCCUGUACCGCGUGCACAAGCACAUCGUGUCCAAGCAGUACCUGGCCGCGCUGGCCACGGGCCAGGCGAGGCCCGUCGACGGCGGCGAUCCGCUGCAGAAGUACACCGACGGGUGUGCCACCUUCGACCAGAUCAUUACCGAGCAGAACCUAACGGAUGCCGAGAUCAUGGACAAGCUCAAGAGCUUCCCCGCCCCGGCAGGGGACCUGACUGUUUUGUAUAGGUAA